CCGACGUAAUUGCUCGAAUUACGUCACUGUGGAAAAUCUAAAUAUGGUGGAUUAUGUUUUUUAAGUGUAGUGUUUAUUUAAAAAAUUCGUGCGUUUAUUUUCCGUAUAAUGUUGAACAGUCCAAACAUCAUCUUUCUAAUACGUUGAUGUCAUCUCGCAUUGGUCGCCUCUCAAGGUUACAAUUCACAGGUCAAUUUAUCGAUUGUGUCAACCCGUUACAAUGACAAUGCAACAGUAUUGUUUACGAUGGAACAACCAUCAGCCUAACUUCAUUUCAGUCUUCUCUAGUCUUCUCAACAGUGAGUCACUGGUCGACGUUACUCUGGCCGCCGAGGGCAGGCACCUGCAGGCGCACAAGGUGGUUCUGUCGGCCUGCAGCUCGUACUUUCAGUCUCUGUUCACGAUCAACCCUUGCCAACACCCCAUUGUGAUAUUAAAAGAUGUCAAAUUCACGGAUUUGAAAGUCAUGGUGGACUUCAUGUACUACGGGGAGGUGAACGUCUCCCAGGAGCAACUGCCGUAUAUUCUAAAAACAGCAGAGAUGCUAAAAAUCAAAGGGUUGGCGGAAAUCCCGGUCGAUCAAUCCGUUUCAAAAAAAGAAAACAGCUCAACGGACAAAGCUGAGCUCCUGACGCCGGGGGAGUCCAACUGGAGCUCCGAAGGGGCACCACGACAGUCGCUGUCGCCUUCUCCUUGUCCGUUAUCACCUAGCAGCAAAAGGAAAAGGUUACGCAAAUCUUCUACAGGGUCGGGUUCUGGGUCGACUGAACGCACUUCAGACGAACACCAGUCCAGCGAAGUAACCUUAACGUCGUCAACUGGCAGCGGUCUAGGAACAGUUAUAAAGUCGGAUCCUGGGGGUUACGCUUCUGAUAGUAGUAGUAUUUUGCAGAAGAGUAAACAGCAUAGUAGCGAUUCAGAGUUGCAUAGGGGUAGUUCGCAUGAGAGUAUCGAGGGGGAGAUGACACAUCAAGUCACUUUGCAAGUUCCUCAGGAGGUUAAUGUCCAGCAGCAUGGUCUCGAAGCGACGUGUUCAGGGGAAGUCGCAGGGCCUUCCACCACGUCGCAGUUGACAUUAACGGGCAUGCAAUGGAACGUGAUGGACCACACCGCCUACGCCCAGUUCACCUCGUGUACCUCCCCCACCGCCCUUCCCCCCAGCCAGACUUACGCCCAGUGUCCCACCGUCGCCCAGCUCAACCCGCCCUCCCCCAGCGCCCAGUGCUACCAGAACCAGAUCGCCAACUCGCCGCCGCAGAUCAUCCAGAAGCGCAAGCGCAGCAUCAACCCGCAGGGCGACGAGAACUUCAUCCGCGCGCUGGAGGCGGUGCGCUUCGGCGGCAUCGGCUUCUGCAAGGCGGCGCGCAUGUUCGGCGUCAACAACCGCACGCUCUGGCUCGAGUACAAGAAGCGCGGCUACCCCAACUUCCGGCUGAGCAUCAAGAACAGGAAGCUGGAGCAGCAGGCGGCGGCGACGGCGGCGGCGGAAGGCCAGCCGCCGCCGAGCCCGCAGGCGGAGCCGGUACCUCCGCCACAGGAAAAGCCGGAGGAACAGGGACAGCCGGUGGCGCUGAUCAGCGGCGCCUUCUUCGACGGCAAGCACGUGGACCUGGGCGCGGUGCUGCAGCGGCCCAAGUACCUCGACCCGGCGAUCGUGAACCAGCAAGGGGUGAAUUUCCAGGGGAUCAAUUUCGAACAAAUGUAGACGGGGGAGGGGGCGCCCUGCGGGGUUUUUCACGUUUAUACACCAAAUGACAAGCUUUACGUACUGGAAUUCUUUUUGUUUGUUUGUUUUUUAUUUUUUUGCUAGGGUGGUCAGUAUUAGGUGGCGCGGAUGGACUUGACUAGGAGACUGAUGUUUCGAAUUGUUUUGUUGAUUUCUCUAAUGAAACGUCGAGUGCAGGGUUUUCGGGGAAAUCUCGUAUUUAUUAAAGCGAGCCAAUUUUUAGCACGAGGGGUUCCCGUUUAAACAAAUUCCGUAUUGCGGACAGUGUAACAAUCUCGAUUUUUUUCUUUUUUGUGUGGAAAGUGAUUUUAGUUUAUUAAUACCCCGAAUGUUUCGUAGUUUACGCGUUUGUAGAGUUGUUUGAAAGUUUUGGUUUUUGGACGCUUCUCAUAGAAUCAUUUCAACAGGAGUAAUUAAAAGAGGACUUAGUGCGACAGGGCCACGCCUAGAGUUGUGGUCGCCCGUGUGCAUAAAUUAUUUUUACGCCCCUCUUUUUAAGAAAAUUGAUAAAACUAUAAUUACUGCGUGUAUGAUUUUAAAGUUUCAAUUUUUAAAAUGUUCUUUCGCCAGAGGCGACUGAAACCGAAGGAGUUAGUAAAAUUCUGAUUGUAGUAAAAAGAUUAAGUUUGUUCUCUACAAUAUAUUCUAAAAUAGAAUGCGGAUUUUUUUAGUUGCUGUUCUAUAAUUUAAAACAAAGUUUCGAUCUGCCAUUUUCUAAAAUUUAAACAAAAACCCAAACAAGUCAUAAUUUUGAAGACCUGUCUUUAAGAGAUGAUACUGUCUGGUCCAAAAUUAUAAAAUAGAAAUUCACCUUCGUGCUCAUAUUCAAACUGUUCUUUUUCUUUCUUGUUCGUACUAAAUGAAUUGUGGAAAAUUUGGUUCAAUUUCCAAUUCGUGCACAAGUUCAUUGGCAUCGGUGAGAACAUCGUUGAAAUCUUUAUCAAAACGAAUGUAAUUAAAAAAAGUAACGCUGAGUGUUGGGCUUUGCAUCAUUUUACUGACAACAUUAAUUUAAACAAAAUAUGCCAGAUCACCACAAAACACAAAAACUUAUCAUUUUGAAUUUUUGCUGGUAAGGAAUGAGCUUUAUGGGAAGCCUUUAGAUCCAACGAAUCAACUUCAGUCGAUUCAAUUAAGAUGUCAUAGAUUUUACAUAUAUAUGUAACCUCAAGGGUUUUAAAUUAAGUUAUGAAAAAUGUUUGGUCGUAAUUGCCCGUCUUUUACUGAUUAAAAAAAAAACACACACACACAAAGUUCUUUAACAGUAUCGAAAAAAUUUGUUGCUUUAAAUGAAAUCUCGACAGCGUCAGUGACGACUAAAUUUAGAUUUUGUCUCGGAACUUUCCCAUUGUGAAAUGUCAUUCUCAUUUUAACUUCCGUUUUCUGGCUCAUGUUCGGAAAUAAGGUCCUCAGUGUCCAUGCCUUCAGAACUUGUGGUGGAAAAACUGGCAGAUUCUUGAACCAAAAUAUUUUACGUAUUCAAUAUAAAUCAAAAAGAACACAAAUUAUAGAACAAAAUUCUAGAAUAAAUAAAUUAAUGUUACGUUCUAGAAAUUCUUCAAAAUACGUGCACUUACAAUUACAUAUUUUUCACUUUAAAACACUUUACCGACACCCAAAAUUUGACGGUGAAUUAUCGAAUAUAAAUAAACAGGAAACUUUUUUAGAAGUAAAAAAAACUAUGUAUUACGAACUACUUUCGGUCGAACCGUGUAACAUGCAAGAGAAAAAAAUGUCAAACCUGAAAGCUAUAACUUCAAAGGAUUUUACAAACGUAUCUUAAGUCGACUCGAAUCAAAUAUUUACACGUUUAAAUUUUUUUGAUACCAUGUAUGUGCUUUUUAUAUUUCAACUGCCUUUUUUAACGAUCUGUUAACCGUUCUAAUAAUAACCAGUAACCCAAGCACUAUUCGUUAAAACAGGCGUCUGUUAGAUAGGCAUACCUCAUUUGUAUCAUACCCAAUUGUUUUGUACUUUGUUGUGAUUUGUUACCUAUAUUCUAUUUUACGUUCUUAUUGUUAACUCGUUCGCUUAUUACUUACGUAUAAUUUAACGCAACAACUUGUGUUUGUAUUAAACAUUGUGUCAUAUUCUUACUUUUCUAAUAUUGUAUAUUAAACAAAAAUAAAGGAUAGCUUUUAUAAG